GCCUGGUCCGUGUCCGGCCACCUAAGUCUCCCGUCCCUGCCCUCAGGCAUUAGCAUCAACUAAAGUCACAAUUCCCAGGAAUUGGAACAGAGGCUGCCAAAUUCCCAAUAAUUGCUACUUUGGCCUUGUAGGGACUAACUACAAAGAAGGAAGGAAAGAAUCCAGCAGUGCUUCCUCAUUCUCAUUCAAAACCUGCUUCCUGCUGAGUCUGCGGAUAGCUCAGAGGCCAGAGCAUCUAAGCCUACCCAUGGAAACUCAGGCUGAUCAUGUAUCUCAGGAACCUCAGGCCCUGCUUGAGAGUGCUCUUCCUUCUUCAAAAGUUCCUGCCUUUUCCGACAAGGACAGCCUAGGGGAUGAGGUGUUGGCAGCUGCACUCCUAAAGGCCAAGUCCCAGGAGUUGGUGACAUUUGAGGAUGUGGCUGUGUACUUCAUCCGGAAGGAGUGGAAGCGUUUGGAACCUGCUCAAAGGGACCUCUACAGGGAUGUGAUGCUGGAGAAUUAUGGGAACGUGUUCUCACUGGAUGGUGAGACCAGAACUGAAAAUGAUCAAGAAAUUUCUGAAGAUACAGGAUCACAUGGGAUGCUAUUGGGAAGAUUCCAAAAGGAUAUUUCUCAGGGUCUUAAGUUUGAAGAAACCUAUGAACGUGAAGUCAGUCUAAAGAGGCAGCUGGGGAACUCCUCUGGAGAAAGACUGAAUAGAAAGAUACAAGAUUUUGGUCAAGUGGCAGUUGAGGAAAAGCUAACCCCCAUGGGUGAGAGAAGCGAGAAAUAUAAUGAUUUUGGGAACAGCUUCACUGUGAGUUCUAACCUCAUUUCACAUCAGAGACUUCCUAUGGGAGACAGACCUCAUAAGUGUGAUGAAUGUAGCAAGAGCUUUAAUCGAACUUCAGACCUUAUUCAACAUCAGAGAAUCCACACUGGGGAAAAACCCUAUGAAUGUAGUGAGUGUGGGAAGGCCUUCAGCCAGAGCUCACAUCUUAUUCAGCAUCAGAGAAUCCACACUGGGGAGAAGCCUUAUGAAUGUAAUGAUUGUGGGAAGACCUUCAGUUGCAGCUCUGCUCUCAUUCUACAUCGGAGGAUCCACACUGGGGAGAAGCCUUAUGAAUGUAAUGAGUGUGGAAAAACCUUUAGCUGGAGCUCCACCCUUACUCACCAUCAGAGAAUCCACACUGGCGAGAAACCCUAUGCUUGUAAUGAAUGUGGGAAGGCCUUCAGUAGGAGCUCCACCCUUAUUCAUCAUCAGAGAAUCCACACUGGAGAAAAACCCUAUGAAUGUAAUGAGUGUGGAAAGGCCUUCAGCCAGAGCUCACACCUCUAUCAGCACCAGAGAAUCCACACUGGAGAGAAGCCCUAUGAAUGUAUGGAAUGUGGAGGGAAGUUUACCUAUAGUUCAGGCCUUAUUCAGCAUCAAAGAAUCCACACGGGGGAGAAUCCCUAUGAAUGUAGUGAGUGUGGGAAAGCCUUCAGGUAUAGUUCAGCUCUUGUUCGCCAUCAAAGAAUUCACACUGGAGAAAAGCCUGUGAAUGUAGUGGGUGUGAACAGAAGUUCCCUCAGCGUUCCUGCUGAAGUAAAUAUCAGAGAGUCUACAUGAAAGAGCCACACAUCUGUUUUCCUCAUUUUCCCUGAGUUUCAAGGGCUUUUGCCUUACUAUUUAAGUGUGAACAACUUAGGGUGUGUCCCUUCCAGCUUGAAUCUUCACUUUAGAGAAUGGGGCAAGUUGGGCAAAUCAGCCUGGCACAUUGGUCAGCAACUUAGUGAAUUUCCUCAGGAGUGAUUCCAGCUUUCAGAUGUGAGGGAAGCAGCAGAUUAAGUGCUGGGAGUAGAAGGAAGCUCUGGGACCGUUUGGGAAGGGAGUUUGCACUAAACCAUUUUUCUCACACCAGAAGAGCCUUUCUUUCCAAGGUGAGGGUGGAAGCACAGUAGGAACAAAAUUCCAAGGUUUCCUCUAGUUGGAGUCAGUAUAGUCAGCACAGAAGGUAGUGGAAAGAAUGUUCUGUGUCCUGUUAUUUGUUAGGAAGGGGAAAUGGAAGCUGUACAAGUUUCAAAGCCACUAUUCCUAAUCCAGCUUUAAGUUUUGAUAAGAAAUGUGCUGUUUUAUGAUUUCAUUAAUUAUGGGAAUUUGGUGCUGAGGGAAGCAGGGAGGAAAGACCCCAAAAAGGUUUUCUCUGAUGACUGUAUCCUUUAGGGCUCUUGGAGCAGCAAGACCACAUUUUCCAAGAGCAACCUGACAAUAUUGUAGCAGACUCUUGGUCCUCCCCUGUUGUAAAGGGGCUGACUGGGAAAUCCAUCUAAUCAGCGAGUAACCUGAGGGAGACGAUCAGAAGCCUGUAGCAUUGGCCUCUGAUUCCUGCCCUUCUCUCUCCCUCUUCUGUUCCCACUCCUGUGAUGAAAAGUGAUUUAAUCCAAACCUUUAGUUACUAAGGAUGUUUUCAAAGAGCUCACUCAGCCAGCUUGCCCUGCCCUCUAUCACCUCUGACAUCUGGCCCCAGCAGCUGGACUGCUCCUGACUCCACUUCUGACUCUCCAGCAGCCAAGGAUUAAUGCAGAUAAAAGAGCAGAGCCCAGAGAAGGAAGGCUGUGCCCUGAGCCUGGCAGCAGGGCUCCUUGCUGGGUUGGGAUGGAGCUCCCUGAGUUUUUCCAGCUGAAGGGACAUCCUUCCAUUGUGUUUCCCCAACCCUGCUCAUCCCGUAGCAUAAAUGAAGUGCACUAUUAAACAAUAGUUUUUCAGAAGAGA